AUGGCUGAGAUCAGAGGGUCCACCGGAAUUCCCCCGGGGAUUGAGAUUCGAUUCCCGAAGGCUCACGAGUCUCCGGAAAACCCACCUCCAGGCUAUUGCUGUGCAUUUGAGAUCUUUUUCUCUACGUGCGGACUAUCAUUCCCUCUUCCCGAGCUCGUUGUGCGGAUGAUGUUCGAGCUGGGCUUCGCACUUCCCCAGAUGUGCCCGAAUUUUGUUUGGACCGUUCUGUGCCUACAAACUCUGGGAGAGGAGUUCGAUUACCAGCUAUCCUCGACCGAUUUUCUUCAAGUCUAUACUGUGAAGACGGGUCGUACCAAGGGUACUCUCUAUGUGAGUCCGCUCUACGGACUGAAGGUUUUUGAUGACCUCCCCGAAAAAGACGAGAAAUGGCGCAAGUCAUAUUUCUUCUUCCCGGUUAAUGAGCUCACCUUCGGGCACCUCGCGAGUUUGCAUGUGUCGAAGUGGACUUCAAAAAUUGGUAGAGUAGUGUACUUCGUUAGGCUCAAGGGUCGUUCGCUUGUUUGGUCCGACCCUCCCAGUACUUCCGGUAUGAGCUAUAGGGAAGAAAGGGCUUGCAGGAUUGCUGAGAAGGAAGCGAAAAGGCAAAUGGCUGCUACCCUUGCCGAGGGCAAUGCUCGCAUUCCUGCUAAGAACACUGAUUCUUCAGCCCCUCAAGUGAGCGAAGUUUCCAUACCCCGAGCUAGUCCUUCCGAAAUCUCUACUGGUCCUUCCAAACCCUCUGCUGGUCCGUCCGAACCGCCCGUGAUAGUCAUUGCCGACUCCAGCGACGAGCCACGGGAGAAUGAGGUUCCUCCCCCGCCUCUAAGCAAAGGCCCCACUGAGGCGAGCUCCCAGCGGGUCGAGCCGUCUAAGAAGAGGAAGGAACCUGAAACUUCUUCUUCUCUUCGCGAGAAAACCCGAGCCCGGUCUAGUUCGUCAGGAGACGAGCGGGGUAGAUCCAGUUCAAAAGACGGAGCUCCCUUCUCGGAGAAGAAGUCUAGGAAUCUUCCUAGUACCAAGGAGUCUGGGGGUUCCUCCGGGAAGCUGCCUUCGAAGGAACAGAGUCAUUCUCCUCAGGCGUUUGCCGACAUGUCCGAAGUCAACCGCGCAAAUUUUUUCCGUUUCGCAGAUAAAAUCGGCGAGCUGAUGAUCGAGUUUAACAACUCGGUGGCAUCUUAUGAAGAUCAGUUGUUUGCUUCGCCGUCGACCUCCGAAGUGAACCAACUUAAGGAGAGGGUGGUUGAGCUUGAAACCCAUGUGGCAGAGUUCACCAAAUUAGAGGCCAUAAAUGCUAAGCCUGUGGAGAAGGCCGAACAGAUCCGAGCUCGGAUGAAGAAGGCUGAGGUGGAGGUGCUGGACCUCGGGGUUGCCAACGAAGAUCUCCGUGGAAAACUGAAGAAGGCGGGCGAUCUCUACUAUGAGGCCACGGAGAAUGAAAAAGCUCUGCGAGAUCAAGAGAGUGCAGAGGGAGGAGAGACAAGCGAUGAGGCGAACUCUCCGGCCAAGAUCCGAGCUGCUGAGUUUAGGGCUAACCGGAUGCUGGUUGAAGAGAUCUCUAGAGGGGAGAUCCAGGACAUCGAAGCCGAGCUCGGACUUCUACGAGCUGACGAAGAGGUCUCAAAGGGAUAUUACGAAGUUUUAAUUCCGGAUUUCCUUGAUACGAAGUGA